AUGGCCGACGCGAACGCCUCGCCCGCCGGCGGUGAUGCCCCGGCUCCCGUCGAGCACCUGAACAUCAAAGUCACCGACAACAACAACGAGGUCUUCUUCAAGAUCAAGCGGUCAACCCAGCUGAAGAAGUUGAUGGAUGCGUUCUGCGAGCGUCAGGGUAAACAGCCUUCGACCGUCCGUUUCCUGUUCGAUGGUACCCGUGUGCGUCCUGAGGAUACGCCAGACACUCUCGAAAUGGCCGAUGGAGACACCCUUGAAGUCCACCAGGAACAGAUCGGUGGUUAA